AUGACACGGGCCAAAAACAUCGCCCCUCACAAGAUUGACAAAUCGAUAUGGCAUCUGCAAGACUCUGACCGUAUACUCAAGAGAGGGCCCAACAUAAAGCUCUCCGAGGCAGAAGCCCUGCAAUUCGUUGCCUUGUCAACACACGUGCCUGUUCCAAAAGUGUUCGGGGCAUAUGAGAAGGACGGCCUGGGUCACAUUUUCAUGUCCAGGGUUCACGGAGUCCCACUCUACGACGUCCUGCACGUCUUGAAUGAGACACAGGUAGAGAGGCUCACUGCACAGCUGUCGGAAUAUGUAGGCAGCUGGAUGGCUCAACGCGGUGACUUUUUCGGCUCCAUGGGGUUUAAACCGUGUCGCGACAUUUUCUUCCAACACCUGCCUGCCGCAAACAUGCCAGAGCAGGACUACGGCCCGUUCAGAACACGUGCAGAAUACUGCAACGGGCUUGUUGCCGCACUCGUCAAUUCCAGGCCCGCUGGACACCUCGACGCCAAGGAUGCGCGCCUGGUAGAAAGACUCCAGCGCCUGGGUGACGGGCGUGCGGCACCCGGCGGCGGAUGCGCGGUGUUCUGCCACGGAGACCUACACCCAGACAAUAUAUUCGUCGACCAUGAUCAUGUGACCGUGGUUGCAAUCGUGGACAUGGGAGUUUCCGGCUUCAGCAUCCCCGAACGCGAGUACUUCGAAGCCAAGUCUCGCGCCCGAAACCCCGUGUGGUCCGCUAUGAUCGAUCGUGCCGUUCCAAAGAUCCCAGACGCCACCUACGCCUUGCUGUCAGAGCUGGAGCGUGAGCUCGUGCGAUACAGCGGACUAUGA